AUGGCGAUGACGAUGACUGGCCGUGUGCUGCUGGUGUGUGCCCUCUGCGUGCUGUGGUGCGGUGCGGCCGAUGGAGAUGUUGUUGUUUCUUGUGGGGACGACCGCAUUCUGAAAGAAUUAUUUAUUCCAGUUGCGAGAUUGAAGGCAAGACAAGAACAAGGAGCAGCAGAAGCAGCAGCUGACGCAAAGGCAGCGGCAGAAACAGCAGCAAAGGCGGCAGCAGCAACAAAAGCAGCAACAGAAGCAGCAGCAAAAGCAAAAGAAGCAGAGGCAGCAGCAAAAGAAGCAGAGACAGCAGCAAAAGAAGCAGAGACAGCAGCAAAAGAAGCAGAGGCAGCAGCAAAAGAAGCAGAGGCAGCAGCCAAAGCAGCAAAGGCAGUAGACACAGAGGAAAAAGCAAAAGCAGUAGCAGCAGCAACUGAAUCAGCAGCAAAAAAAGCAACGACAGCAUCAGAAGCAGCAGCAAAAGCAAAAGCAGCAGCAGAAGAAGCAAAGGCAGCAGCAGAGGCAGCAGCAACGGCAACAGAAGAAGCAAAGGCAGCAGCAGAGGCAGCAGCAACGGCAACAGAAGCGGCAGAAGCAGCAGCAGAGGCAGCAGCAACGGCAACAGAAGCGGCAAAAGCAGCAGAGGCAGCAGCAGAGGCAACAGCAGAGGCGGCAAACGCGGCAACAGCUGCAGCAAAAGCAUCAGCAGAAGAAGCAGCAGAAGAAGCAGCAACAGCAACACUAAUAGCAACAUCAGCAGCAAAAGCAGCAGAAGAAGCAGCAGAAAAGGCAGCAAAAGCAAAAGAAGCAGCAGAAACAGCCGAAGCAAAAGCAGCAGCAGCAGAAAAAGCAGCAGCAACGGAAGCGGACGCAAAAGCAACAGCAGCAAAGACAGCAGAGGCACCAGCAACGGCAACAGAAGCGGCAAAAGCACUGCGAGGUAAAGCAGUCGGAGAAGAGGAGGUAAAAACAGCAGUACAUGAUCAGGAUAAUUCAGUCGAACACCAUACUGGAGAAAAACAAGAGCUUCCAAAAGAAGAAGAACCGGAACGACAAGAAAACGAACAGCAUGAAAAGCAGCAACACCAACAGCGUGAACAUUCCGCAGGAAAUGGCGACGAAUCCGCGAAAAACAAAACUGCUAAUACUACAAAUGCAACCGCAAUUAAGGACGACAGCAACAGCAGCACUGCCGUCUCCCACACCACCUCCCCUCUCUUGCCUCUUCUUGUUGUUGUUGCGUGUGCGGCUGCUGCUGCGGUGGUGGCCGCGUGA